AAGCUCCGCCCUCUGCAGAGCUUCUAAUAGCGAGCUUCCGCCAGUCUUUCUCCCUUUUUCGCCCGUCCAGCCAUCGUGGUGGAAGCUCGGCUGUCAUCUCAUCGUCAUGUCCUCUCAUAAAACAUUCAGAAUCAAGAGGUUCCUGGCCAAGAAACAGAAGCAGAAUCGUCCCAUCCCUCAAUGGAUUCGAAUGAAAACUGGAAAUAAGAUCAGGUACAACUCAAAAAGGAGACACUGGAGAAGAACCAAGCUCGGGUUAUAAAGAAUGGCCAGAGAAAUGAAAGACAUUCUACACCAAGACCACCUCCCCCCCUUACCAUGGCAUCCAUCAAUCCAUCCAUUCAUCCAUCCAUCCAUCAAUCAAUCACUCAGUCGCCUCAUUGCUCCCAAUAAGAAGUAAAUUACCACUACUGCCCUCCUAUUUCAGAAGCUGUCUGCCAAGAUGCAGACAUCAAAAAAAAAAAAAAAAACCAAGAAACUGUUAAAUUUGUC